AUGUUGGAUAUUGAUGUUGGGCUCAGGGAAAGCCACACUUCUACAAGUAACAUUUCUAAAUCAUCUGAUACAUCUCAACCGAAUAUCCAAACUGAGGAUGAAAAUGCUGAUGUUGAUGUCCUGAGAGAUAAGAAAGCCCUUGAAAUUUUGAACCCUCCCUAUGAUGCACCCGCUACCUCUCGCACAAAAAUUGGUGAAGCUCUGAAUCUACUUGGUAACCAACUCCCUGAAGUGAAAAAUAAUUCUCUCACCUUAAGUUCUGAAACUCCAAUCAAUGAAGAAAGUUUUAGCGGCGAGAUAGUUGGAAAUGAAUCCUAUUUUGUUAAAAGUGAUGGCCCUAAUGUACCUAAUCUUCAUUGUGAGAAUACUAUUCCUACCAAAGGCAAUAUGAAGUCACCACCAAAAGAUAAUAUCGACACAAUAUACUAUUUAUUUUUACAUAAAUGUGUGUGCUCUAAUAUUAUAGAAAAGCAACUUCCACUGCCGUCCACGAAUACUUCAUCUUCUAGCUCAUCUUCAUCAUCUUCUAGCUCAUCUUCAUCAUCGUCCUCAUCUUCCUCGUCUGAGGUAUUAAACGAACCUUUAGAAAAUGACCCGCAGGUUUCUAAUAUAAAUGAAGAUGCCUCCGACAACGACCUAGAAAAUGACCCAUACGAUACCGAUGAUAGUGUGAAAGAUCCUCCUUUCCACGGAUCAUCAUCUGAAUCAAAUUCUUCAGAAGAACCAGAAGAGGAUGAAAUCCAACCAAAGAAAAAAAGAAAAGUUUUGAAUCAAACUCAAAAUGACAACAUUACUAGAAAAAGAAAGAAGAAUCCAGAUAUGUGGCAAAAAAAUCGUGCAAAAAUGUUAAGAAAUAGAGGGGAAUCUUACGUUUAUACUCAAGUACGAAAAAUCGAAAAUCGUACGGUGAGAAUUAGGAAAGAACGACCAAAGAAAACAAUUCUACCUCCGUGUGGUGAAAGAUGUAGAAUUAAAUGUUCGGAUAAAAUUUCUCAAGAACAACGUGAACAAAUUUUUUCCGAAUUUUAUAAGCUUGGUGACAUCGGAAAACAAAGAGAAUACAUAGCAUCAAAUAUGACACAAAUUAUUCCCAAAUAUAAAUAUAGUAAUGUUGCCAACCCAAGAAACCCAAAUAAUGCAUUCUACUUUAUAAUCUCAGGAAAAAAUAUCAGAGUAUGCAAACAGUUUUUUAUGGCCACUUUGUCAAUUAACAAUAGAACCAUUCAGACUGUGCUUAAAAAACAAAAUGUUUGUGAAACAGGAAAGGUAAUUGAUAUCGAUAAAAGAGGGAAACAUGGAAAUCACAAAAAAAUAAAUGAAGAAAUCAAAAAUAGAAUAAGGUUACACAUUAAUUCAAUUCCGAGAGUCGAAGCUCAUUAUUGUAGGUCAAAUACAACACGGGAAUUUAUAGAAGGCGGUAAAACACUAGCAGAUUUACAUAGAGACUAUGUAAAAUUGUGUGAAGAAGAGAAAGUGGAAUACGGAAAUUACCAACUAUACAGCAAAAUUUUCAACGAAGAGUUCAAUCUCUCCUUUCACGUACCAAAGAAAGAUCAAUGCGAGAUGUGUUUGGAGUAUGAAAAAGGUUCAGAAGAGGAGAAAGCUAAACUCGAAGAGAAACAUCAGGAACAUUUACGAGAAAAAUUACUCAGUCGAAAAGAAAAGGAGAACGACAAACAGAAUAGUGCUCAUGAUGUUAAAGUUAUCGUUUAUGACCUUCAAAAAGUUUUGCCCUGUCCAACUGGUCAUGCAAAUUCCUUUUAUUAUGUCUCGAAGUUGAACGUUUUCAAUUUAACCCUGUUUGACAUCAAAGCCACAGAAGGCGUGUGCUAUUUGUGGCAUGAAGGAGAAGGUUUGCGAGGUGCAAAUGAAAUAGGGACUUGUGUAUUCAAAUACAUUGAAGCUAUUUCGAAUAAAAGUGAAGAAGACUUAGAAAUAAUUUUCUAUUCUGAUAAUUGUUGCGGGCAAAACAAAAACAAAUUUAUACUGGCUCUUUAUGUUUACAUGAUAAAUAAAUUGAAAAUCAAGUCUAUUACUCACAAAUUUUUCAUAAAAGGACAUAGUCAAAAUGAAGGAGACAGUGUACAUGCAAGAAUCGAGACCGAAGUCACAAAAUAUAAAAAAGCGAAUUCAAUUUUUGUUCCAGAUCAAUACGCUGUUAUAAUUAGACAAGCUAAAAAAAAUGGAAAAAGCUAUGAGCUUAAUGAAUUAUGUUUCAAAGACAUAAUUGAUUUGAAAAAAUUGGCAUCAGAGCUUUACAUCAAUAUCCCAAGGAACGUCAAAUUUACCAAUUUGCGAGUAAUUAAGUUACAAAAAUCUAAUCCAAAUACCCUGUUUUAUAAGUACUCUUAUGGCGAAGAAAGCUUUAUGGAAUCAGAAAUUAUUAAUCAAAGAAAAAACAUUCAAUUUGACAAUAUAAAGUUGAAUCCUGCUUUUGUGAAAAAACCAGGGAUUUCAGAGGCAAAGAAAAAAGGCUUACUAGAGUUGAUUGAAAAAAAAAAAAUGUGUUCCGUAUUAUUAUUUAGAUUUUUUCAGAAACCUUUAGAUGAUUUUCUUUUUUAG